AUGUUCCACGGUAAUCGAAGCCCCCCCAUCAACAGGCAAGUAGCGGCUGGCGUUGUUCGAGAACGGCGUCACGUCAAACCUCGGGAGGUCGACGACCUCAAUCUGGCGAUAGUCGACUUCGAUUUUCAGCUUCUGUUCAUCAAUCUUCUCAAUCAGCUCAGGAGGAACGACCACUCCCCUCCCCUAAGGCACGAUACGCUCCGCGAAUUGCCUUGUUCUGGCCAAGAAGAUGUCCAACCUUCAGCUUCUCCUUCUGCACGGCGAGAUACUGUUUGA